GGUCGUGUUGCGUGUCCCUGAUGAUGUAUCGCUCCGCGAGGUUAGUGCAAUGAAACCCGCAGACAAAAUCGAACAUGAAUUUAUUUAUAACAGCACUCUGAUAAUCGCUCGAUGGAUUUUAAUGCUCUUACAGGACUCGCCAAUCGUCAUACGUGUACAUAUAUUUGAUCUCUUGCUUGCAGUCAGAAGCCUGUUUGCCGCACUGCAUAGUGUUCUUCCGCCAUUGUCGCCAUAAGGAGGGGAAGAGAAGGCAACGCUGAAGAGUACCAAUUAUAAUUUAAAGAUUCUGCUUAUUAUUCACGGAAUAUUUUGUGGUUCACACGGUGUUUGGAUGUAAACAGUACCGUAGUUUGGCAUUUUCGUCUGGAAUAUUGUAUUCUUUAUCUCAGAAACGUGCACAAGUUGUGUGGCGUUGUUUGGAACCUGCUGUGAACGAUUCGUAAGGCGCAGUAUUAUCCUACUGAUAUAAGAAUCUGCUGUGGGACUAGUGAUAGCAAGUGAGAGCUGUCUGAUGUGAGCGGUCCGGCAGAUGAUGUGAGACCCAGUCUACCUGGAUGGUUCGUGUGCCUCAGUGACCAUGAGCCUAGGCAGUGACGAGGUGAACUAUCUCGUUUACCGCUACCUGCAGGAAUCAGGGUUUGUACAUUCAGCGUACACGUUUGGUAUUGAGAGUCAUAUCAGUCAGUCCAACAUCAAUGGGGCUUUGGUGCCGCCGGCCGCCCUGCUCAGCAUCAUCCAGAAGGGCCUGCAGUACACAGAGGCGGAGAUCAGCAUCGGAGAGGAUGGGUCGGAGAGAGUACUCGAGUCCCUGACAUUGAUCGACGCCAUUAUGCCCGAUGUGGUCGAGUCACGGAAACAGGCUGCCGCCAAAGCCCAUCCCAUCAAGACGGAGAACGCUAAUACUAAUGGAGAGGAUGCUUCUCUGACAGUCUCCAACCACACGGACACAAUGGAGGUUGAUGGAGCUGUGGAGAUCCCUGGCAACCGAGCCACGGUGCUGCGCGGCCACGAGUCCGAGGUGUUCAUCUGUGCCUGGAACCCGACCAAUGAUCUCUUGGCUUCAGGGUCCGGUGACUCGACAGCUCGCAUCUGGAACAUGAACGACAACAGCAGCAACGCCAACCAGCUGGUGCUGCGACACUGUAUACAGAAGGGGGGGACGGAGGUCCCCAGUAAUAAGGACGUCACAUCUCUAGACUGGAAUUGUGACGGCACAUUACUAGCUACAGGGUCUUACGAUGGUUAUGCGAGGAUAUGGAGCACAGAUGGUCGUUUAGUAAACACAUUAGGGCAGCAUAAAGGACCUAUUUUUGCUCUCAAGUGGAAUAAGCGAGGGAACUACAUUUUAAGUGCAGGUGUAGAUAAGACAACGAUUAUCUGGGAUGCCAGUUCAGGGAACAGCACUCAACAGUUCGCAUUUCACUCAGCCCCUGCAUUAGAUGUAGACUGGCAGAGCAACACCAGCUUCGCAUCCUGUUCUACAGACCAGUGCAUCCAUGUCUGUCGACUUGGCUCCGACAGACCCACAAAGACAUUCCAAGGACACACAAAUGAGGUGAACGCGAUCAAGUGGGACCCCCAAGGGCAGCUGCUGGCGUCGUGUUCGGAUGAUAUGACAUUAAAAAUCUGGAGUAUGAAGCAGGACACGUGUGUGUAUGAUUUACAAGCUCACAACAAGGAGAUCUACACGAUCAAGUGGAGUCCCACAGGACCAGGCACCAACAACCCCAGUGCUCCGUUAAUCUUAGCCAGUGCUUCGUUUGACUCGACGGUGCGGUUAUGGGAGGUGGAUCGAGGCACAUGUCUCCACACCCUGACUCAGCACCAGGAGCCUGUCUACAGCGUAGCCUUCAGUCCAGACGGCAGGUACCUGGCCAGCGGAUCCUUCGACAAGUGUGUUCACAUAUGGAAUGUGCAGAACGGCACGCUAGUAAAUAGUUAUCGAGGAACAGGGGGAAUAUUUGAGGUUUGCUGGAAUCACCGAGGAGACAAAGUUGGUGCUAGUGCAUCAGAUGGCUCAGUGUUUGUACUCGACUUGAGGAAGUAGACUGGAAGGGAGAACCAUGUGAUUAGCUACCAUCUUUACAGUGCCAUUAUGGCAGCAGUGGGAAGGAGAGGGAGAAGGAUGGCGCCACCACGGACCGAUGACUCACUGACUGCUUACUGGGGAGUGGGACAAGAAGAAGCCUGCGGGGACUGGCCGAGGAGGACACCAGGUGCUCAACAGGCUUGUGUGGUGUCCAGGGGACCGGGACGUGUCACGUGAUGAUCACUUGUUUGCUUCCACUUGGCGCACGGCAGCUUUACCCUGACAAUGUCGAGUGUGCAGGUUGGGAUCACAAUUGACCUUGACCUUGGUGGAUGUGAGCGAAAAGCUGAAGCCAUUGUCUUCCCUGGUGCCAGGUGAUGUCCGGGAGUGACUGACGGCUGUGACGUCCCAGGUGACGUCCGCGAGUGGCUGACGGCUGUGGCUGUGGCUGUGGCAUCCCAGGACAGACUGACUUCUGCGGCGUCCCAGGACAGACUGUCCAAGGGGCUGAUGAUUCCCUUCCUAUAGAACAGCAUCCAUUCCCACCAUUGAAUCCUUCAAAGUGCUGUUGACAUUGUUAGUUGAGUCCCAGGAAGUAGCAGUCUGACCGCCCCGAUGUACGUCAACAGAGGUUAGCUAGCUCCAACACUGGGCUUCCUUUCUUUCCAUUCAGUUUUCACAAUGGAGCCCCAGACAGUGUUACAUUGACAAGUGCUUAAAGCCUGGCUAUGUGUGCGAGGAGCGUGUGUGAGAGUGAGCGUGUGAGAGGAUGGUGUGAGAUAGGCAACUGUACACUGCCUAACUGUGGGCUUCUGCAUGAGUUGCCUAUCUCUGGACGUCCUCACUUGCUUCAUGAGCAGCUUUCAUCAUCAUCUUCAUCUUCACCAGAGAUCCUCAUUUAUUCAAGCAUCACAGAAACCUACUAUGUUCUGAUUCUCAUCACCUGUUCUGUUGCAUUUAGAGUUGCCUCCACACAUGUUCCACCUUAGUGCUCGUUGUUUUCAGUACCGGCUUGUCAAACAAUCAUGCUGUUCUCAUCCCCCCACUUUCUGCUACAGAAUUUACAACUGAUUCUUGAACAUAUUUCAGACAAAUGACAUUAUUUUGAUGGAUGUAAAACAGAUGAAAUUUUUUGUUACUGGGUGAGAGCUCCGCGUGGGUUUUCUAGGUUUUCGUUUAGAUCUCCGAGUGUUGGGUGGGUUUGGUUUUACGCCGCUUUUAGUAAUAUUCCAGCAACAUCAGGGCGGGGGACACCAGAAAUGGGCUUCACACAUUGUACCCAUGUCUGGAAUCGAAACCCGGGUCUUCGGCAUGACGACCGAACGCUUUAGCCACUAGGAUACCCCAGCGCCCCGGGUGGCAGAUAACCCCUGCCUGGCACUGUGUACUGCAUCAACCUCCAUUAAUGAAGAUGCCACAGUCAAUGGAACAUAGGGGGUUUGGAAUACCAGAUUCCCCCUGAUUUUGAUUCGUGAAUUGUCAGCACCGUACCAGUGCUCAUGGCGGUUUCACAAGAGUUACCUAUGACCUGUUACUCUUGGGAGUUCCCCUGAGGUCUUCCUCUGGGGUGUUCCUCUAGGGGUUUCCUCCAGGGUCUUCGGGGCUGUUCCUCAGAGGUGUUCCUUGGGACUGUUUCUCUGGGGUCUUCAUCAGGGGGGUUCCUCUGGGGUGUUCCUUCAGGGUCUUCCUUCGUGGUUUUCCUCUGGGAUGCUCCCCGGGGUGGUCCUCACACAUUAAGCUGACAGAUAUUACUGAAAUACUAGUCAAAGCGGUAUGAAACCCAGCUCACUCACUCACUCACUCCAUUGAGGCAUCUUCUGCAGCUACCAUUGACAAUACGAGUGGAUACCUGAAGCUGAUGUUACAGAAUAUGUUCUAAGUUAUGUCCAGUUAUUUGUGUUCAUAGAUGUGAAGAUGCAUUGAUAACAGCUUCUGUUCUCAUCUGGAGUUCCAGAUUAAGCUGUAGCCCUGCAAACAUCAGUGCUGUAAUUUGGAAGUUAACAAGAUUUUGUAUUUGAAAUCUUUCUUUACUGUUACAAUUAUGUAUUCCAUUGUUCUCAUGGCAAGUUUGUUUCCUAGCAAGUAGGAAUUGUUUAAAACGGUUAUUUCUCGUAUCAUGUUAUUUUCAGUCAAUCAUGAGUGAUUUGUAAAUUGUAAAUAUUACAACUAAUUGUAAAUUCUAAUUUGAUGUUUAUUUUCAUUGGAAACAGAUGCAGAGAGAUGUACUUUAUAUCAUCUGAUUUUAGAUAGUUUUAAAACUUCAAGUAAUCUUUUAAUUCUUAUGUGACAUAACAGGUGACUGUAGAAAUGUACAUAUAAGAAUCAUGUUUGAGAAUAAUGACAGCCUGAUUGCUUUGUAGUUCAUGUUAUUAUCUUCACUAACAUUUCUUAUUUUGAUUAGAUGUGGUAACUUCUGAAUUGUAAACUCGAGCUUUUGGGUUCUGAAGUCAUGCCAAGAUACCAAAGUAUGUUCGUUGCUAGGCGCUGAUCGACUGAAGUGGCUUUAGCUAGUGAUGGAUCUGUUACCAGCUGUAGGGGCCCCCCACCAAACAAGCCUUCUUGUACUAAUUAUAUAGUAAAUGUGUUAAUUUGAUUUUGAUAUCUGUAGUUUGUGCUGUGUGAUGCCGCCGCCGCCAUUGUGGUACCGUUUCCUCUGUUUAUGUAUUAGUCCACUGUUACCAUGGUUACCCAUGCAGUGUUACUGUGUAAGCCUCUGAGAAGUGGCUUGGCGUUACAUCUGUGCAUUCGUCAACCUAUAUGGAGGGUAGGGGUGUAAAUAUGUGGUCAUACAGUUGCAGGUACAUGGUGACCAAUAGCUGUAUCUUCAUUCAUCUUGUACUUAAUUGUUUUCUCUGAAAACCUCAUCAAAAUCUGCUUGUGAUUAUAAUUUAAGAAUUGUCACUUCAGAAAUGUCUUUUAAAAUGAAUCUGUGCAGUUGGGUCCAUGUAUCGGAGUGUGUAAGCCAGAGUAAGAAUAUAGUUAAAAAUAAUUAAAAAUUGAAAUGUUUUAAGUUGACGGUUUGCUAUCCCUCAAAAUGUUUCAUUUUUUAGUCUGAGGCAAGGUGUAAUGUCCAGUACUCAGUUUGGUGUAUUGCUCUUGUAUAGAGUGACCAGGGUCAUGGUUGUCCCUGUUGUCUGAGAAAAUUUGCUGUGGAUAGUUGCUUCCCUUUGGUCUACCAGGAUCCUAUGCUUGUUGGCUUGAAUCCCAGUUCGCCCCUAAUGGAAGCGUAUUACUUUGAAAUUUUCAACCUUCAAAUGACAAGCUUCAACGAUGACACAUGGCAUACUGCGAGAAAUGUGGAUGGACACAUAGGUUAGGAUGUAGGAAAAUUUGUUUUUUAAUCUUCUCUGUCUCUUGCCCUCUUGAGUUCACAUAACGCUCUGCAUUUACACAUCCUGGGAGUCACUUCCGAAACACAAUAGUGCUACUACAUCUCAUAGCCACAUGCAAUCAUCAUCAACUUUGCGUCUCAAUGCUUUCAUUUCUCAACUAAACAUGUUCUAUGACAAUUCAUGCACACACCAAGAACCAACUUCUCACAUCCCCAUGCAGUCAUCAUCUCAAACUUGUGUCUCACAAGGCAGUCCUAGCUGAACACGUUCUGAAGCUGCCGAUGUGCACCAGCUGAACACGUUCUAUAGCUGUCCAUGUGCACCAGCUGAACACGUUCUGUAGCUGUCCAUGUGCACCAGCUGAACACGUUCUGUAGCUGCUGUUGUGCACCAGCUGAACACGUUCUGUAGCUGCCGAUGUGCAGCGGUAACCCUCUUCUCACAUCUGUAAGAUAAUACACUCCAGACUGCUGCCCCCCCCACACAGAUUCUCGUCCGUGCCUACUGCUCUGCUCAAUCUGUAUCAUUGUAAGUAAACAUUAUAGGGCAUUCCAUUGUAAUUAUCAGAGUAAAAUCAAAUUAUAGUAUCUGCUUUAGUGUGAGAAUGAAGAUGUCGAAGUCCGUGUUACCACCCCCAGCCCUUGUAGCCAUUACCUGCAGUACAGGUGACCUUUUCUAUACAGCAGAGAGUUGAAAUAAGUUCAUGAUCAGUAGACAUUCACGCUGAUGAUGUGGAAGGUUUUUAUUAUUCCGAUGUCCAUGAAGGCAAUGUGUUCUGAACAGCACAGAUGUGGCCCUUUUCACUUGAUCAUUUCCUGUGAACAUAAUCCCUACGAAAUAGUACAUAUUGUUGGAGGAAAGUUUAUGCAGGGGUUUGUAUUAUGAUUUUGUCAUUGGUUUGCUGGAGUAAAAUCAUCAGCGAAUCUUUCCCCUUCAGUUUAAUUAGUAAUGUGUCAGUGAUGAGCUGGUGUUUCCAUCUUUAGGCAACAUCUCAUUCUCACAUUAAGCUUUAGGGUGUGGCUGUGGUCUGAUUGUACAGGGGCUGUGUAGGGUAUAACUGUGUAUAUACACGGACUGUACAGUGUGUCUCACACUGUAUGGUGUGUCUUGCACUGUUGGGUGUCUUGUAAUGAAGGAUGCCUCUCACAUUGUAGGACGUGUCUUGUACAAUUUGUCUUGAUGUACAAUUACUGUUGAUGCAUCUGACUUCAGGAUGCGUCUCACGUUAUAUAGUGGGUCUAAAUGGGUUGUACACAGACAGGGGGGUGUAGGGGUUUGGUGUGUACACACAGGGGGGUGUAGGGGUAUGGUGUGUACACAGAUAGGGAUGUGUAGGGGUAUGGUGUGUACACAGAUAGGGAUGUGUAGGGGUAUGGUGUGUACACAGAUAGGGAUGUGUAGGGGUAUGGUGUGUACACAGAUAGGGAUGUGUAGGGGUAUGGUGUGUACACAGAUAAGGGGGUGUAGGGGUAUGGUGUGUACACAGAUAGGGAUGUGUAGGGGUAUGGUGUGUACACAGAUAAGGGGGUGUAGGGGUAUGGUGUGUACACAGAUAGGGAUGUGUAGGGGUAUGGUGUGUACACAGAUAGGGGGUUGUAGGGGUAUGGUGUGUACACAGAUAGCGGGUUGUAGGGGUAUGGUGUGUACACAGAUAGGGGGGUGUAGGGGUAUGGUGUGUACACAGAUAGGGGGUUGUAGGGGUAUGGUGUGUACACAGAUAGGGGGUUGUAGGGGUAUGGUGUGUACACAGACGGGGUGUAGGGGUACGGUGUUUUCACGGACAGUAGGGGUAUGGUGUGUACACAGAUAGGGGGUGUAGGGGUAUGGUAUGUACACAGAUUAGGGGCAUUCAGGGGUAUGGUAUGUACACAGGGGGGUGUAGGGGUAUGGUGCACACACGGUUUCACACGAAGAUGCAUCUCUAUGGAGAGGUGUGGACGCACAAGGAUGCUGUGUACAUGGUGUGUGUCAUGCUGACUAUAUGGUAAUCCUGCUGUACAGCGCUGCCAGUAUUGUACAGUGCAUGGUCUGUCAUUGAUCACUGAAGCGGAGUGUUCACUCUGUAUCAUUGUCAUCAUCACAUAGAGGCCUGACACGGCGCUGCUGCUGCUGCUGCUGCAGUGAUGGCCGCUGAAGUGUCAGGUAUGGGUGUACAUAUGUCUCACACUUUGUCCAUCGGAGACUCAUGUUUUGUAUCAUGUUGAGAUGUUUAAAAAAAUGGAAAAAUAAAAAAUUUGAAUAAUUA